CAUAGAGACACAUCAGACUGCGGAUCGUGAAGUGCAGAAACGGGAAAUACAACUGGAAAGCACAUGCCCAUUUAACUAGCAUUGCACGCUGCAGAGUGAGACAAUGCCUGUAAUCUACCCCUUGCUCCAGUCCCAAGGUUUCCACACCUUGUUUGGGGACGUCAGGGAUAAGAACGUCACUUUUGUCGUAGACACCUCAGAAAGCAUGUACGCUCAUCUCGACACAGUGAAAAAACACCUAAUGGAGACACUGCUGGCUAAAGCUUAUUGCAACGACUCUUUGUUCAACAUUGUGGAAUUUUCACAAAGGGUUAACAAGUGGUGUGAUCGCAUGGUGACAUGCUCUCCGGACACGGUUUAUGGUGCAAUGGGCUGGAUUCGCUCUCUUGAGGUUAAGCCUGGGAGAGACUUGUUGAAUGCACUGAGAGCUGCCUUUGAUGACCCAACCUGUCAAGCUGUUUACAUGGUAACGAACGGGCUACCAGAAAACCGGAAGGAAGUUUUGCAGGUGGCCUCUUGUGAGUCUCAAGGACGGCCUGUGCAUAUUUUCUUUUUGUCUGAGAAGUGGAUCGAAUGUGAUGUGCAACAGUUUCUGCAGCAGUUAGCUCAGUGCACCAGAGGGAGCUGUCAUCUCAUUGGCUUCAGCACUGGGGAUGUUAAACAGGUGGUUCCUGUUUACCCUGGUGAUUGUUUCGCUACAGGACCUUUCAACUCUGAUUUAAAAUACUGCAGCAUCCAGACAGCCUUGGACAGACCCUCAUCCAUAGAUCUACCCCACUGUUACCCAGUCAGGGUGCAGACACCCUGGUGCACAGCUUCUACACUACCUCCAAGAUGCACCUUGACCAGUUUUGUUCCUGCGUGUCCCAUCAGUACUUGUGAGAGUGCUGAUAUACUGGAGAGCUGCCAGGGCUUGAGUCAAUUAAUGAUAGGCACCCGCGUUCUAGCAAGAAGAGAGCCAGAUGGAUAUUACUACCUUGGUACCAUAAAACAAGAAGUAGAGGGAAGAAGAGGAGUCUUUCUGAUUGAUUUUGUCAAGCCAGCUCUCGUGGGUGGGAAGUAUCAGGCCUCCAUGCAAAAAACAACCAUAGUAGACAUCAUUCAAUACACUGAGGCUCACAGACACGAUAUCAUCCCAGGGGAUAAAGUCCUGGCACCGUGGGAAACUGAUCUGACGAGAUACGGACCUGGGACUGUCGUGUCUGGGAUUGAGACAAGAGAUCCCUUGAGAGCCAAUGAAAAUGAAGAGAUCAGUGUACGAUUCUGGAAUGGAAAAGAAGCUAAAGUGCCCAAAGGGGUGGCGUUCUGGAUCCCAUCUUCUUUAUAUGAGAGGACAGUGAAGGAGCUUCAUGAGCCCCUGAGUGCAAGAGAAAACAUAAUGAGAAAGGAAAUAGUCCAUCCUGAAACACACACUUACACACCCAGAGUAGUUCCCAUGGCCCUGGGUUAUCAGGACUUAUUUUGUAGGUGCCACAGGCCAUGUUACCUGUCAAGUCCUUGCAGACACUGUAGAGGCACUUGCUGUGUGCCGACCCACCCUGUACAUAACUGUGAUCAGCACAGGUACCUCAACUGGUGGCCUCUUACCCCAAGACCCACAGUUUAUGCGAAGGAUCCUAACCAUGAAGAACUGGACAGGAAGGUCACCGCACAGCUUGAGGAGCUGAAGGUUUCCAAGAAGGCCGCUCCUGCGUCAUUGUCUUCAUCUGAGGAAGAGUCGGACUCUGACCAAGAGACUUCCAAACCUACAGCGAUGAACAGGGCAGUGAACACAGAUUCCAGUCUCUUUGAGAAGCCGAGAUCCCCCUCUCCAGACAGGCCUGAUUGGAAGUACUGGAAGAGAAGCCACGCUGAGCCACACCAUAAGAAACCAGCCAGCUGUGUGUCCAGAGCUGUGAAGAGCAGCUGCAGCUCAGGAGAAGCGCUCCCCCCAGAGCUUUGGGCAGCCGGACCAACCAAUAACAGUGCGAUGUUUAACUCAGUUGAACACUCUCCAGAGCGGAGGACUGUAAUGAAGGAAGUUUUAACACAGAGUGGCUUCAAACCAUCUUACGGGCCACAGGGUCCACCUGUCGAGUGCCGCUUGGGGGCGAGUCAGGUGCUGCGUGAUCACAAACACCAAGAGGUACUGAAACACAUAAGAGAGAAAAAGAUUCAUCGCCGUCAGAGGGAGAUGAAGAGGGAAUUGGAAGCUGAACACAAGUACAACAGCACCCAUGACCAGCACAAAAAAAUCACCCUUCGACGUUUGUGUAACGAAACUCAAAAGGUUCAGAAACAAAGCCGUAGGGAGGAGCAAAUAACAACAGCAAAGCAACUUCAAAAGGAGAAUACAGCACGAAGAAUACAGAGUGCUGUUUAUAAUGAGGAAGAAAAGGCAUCCCGGAAACUAGCUUAUAAACAACAACAAACAGAAAAACGGGAUGCUUGGGAGGCUGAGAAAGUGAAAAACGAUGAAGUCAAGGAAAAACAACAGCAGGAUUCAAGAAGGAAGCGAGUGGAGGAACAUUAUAAAAGGGAGGCGGAAAAGGUGCAGCAAGCUGAAAAGGAGAGACUGGAGAGGGAGAGGAGAACGGUUUACAGAGAGGUUUAAAACAUUCAGUCUGCCAAUGGAAUAGUUCAGUGGGCAAGCUCUUAUGAAGUGUUAACCCAUGCAACAAAACUAACAUCAUUCUUAACAUACCAUUAGAAAGGGAGAUCUCUAUAGUGCCAGUAACAGUGAACUUCUCAAAGAAGGAAAUAAUAAUUUAUGAAGAGCUUAAACUGCUCAAUGAAAAAGGCCAGAGUGAAAAUGAUACUGAAGCUAACAAAAGGCAGAAAAAUUACACUUUAAGGUCUAUAAAGUAGUUUAGAUUUUAUCCAGUUAAUAGUAUAUACAGUGUAGCUGUUUUAUACUCUUAUUUUGCAGUGUUUCAUUGAUCUUUUCCUAUUUUUAAAUUGUGUAUUUGUGCACAGCAUUAUAAUGGAUAAAUUAAAGGUAAAUUAUUUUUUGCUGGUGGCGCAAUGUAAGUAUACAGACUGCCCUCUAGCGAAAGCAUAUCUGUACUGCAACACAGACUAGGACAUUGCAAUUACUUUUACUUUCAUUUGGGUGCAGUUUACGAUUUUCCUUGUUUUACCCAAUAAGGAGGUACAAUGUCUUCUUGAUAUUUGGAAUUUGAUGCAUUGUGUGCAAUUAAAAUAAAGAAAUGUAAAAACGCUAAAAGCGGUCAUUAAAAACACGUGUUUACUCAACUUACACACUACCUCAUCCUUCCAAGCCAUAUAUUGGGAGUGCUUAUUUUUUGCAUGCAAGAACAGGUAAUAAAAUUUAUAUUUUUAACAACUAG